AUGGCCCAACGGAAGAGGAAAAGAAAGCAAAAGGGAGGUAAACAGGAGAGAAGAGAGCAAAGGAGAGGAAAACAGGAGAGGAAACAGAAGGGGAGGAAACAGGAGAGAGCAAAGAAGAGGAUACAGGAGAGGAGAGCAAAGGGGAGGAAAACGGGAGAGGAGAGCAAAGGAGAGGACACAGGAGAGGAAAGGACACAGGAGAGGAGAGCAAAUACGAGGAAACAGAAGAGGAGGGCAAAGGAAAGGAUACAGGAGAGGAAACAGGAGAGGAGAGCAGAAGGGAGAAAAACAGGAGAGGAAAGCAAAAGAGAGGAAACAGAAGAGGAGAGCAAAGGAAACAGGAGAGGAGAGCAAAGAAGAGGACACAGGAGAGGAGGGCAAAGGAGAGGAAAACAGGAGAGGAGAGCAAAGAAGAGGACACAGAAGAGAAGAGCAAAGGAGAGGACACAGGAGAGGAGAGCAAAGAAGAGGAAACAGAAGAGGAGGGCAAAGAAGAGGACACAGGAGAGGAAACAGGAUAGGAGAGCAGAAGGGGAGAGGGAGGAGAACAAAGAAGAGGUUACAGGGAUGAGAGCAAAAAAGAGGAAACAGGAGAGGAGAGCAAAGAGGAAACAGGAGAGGAAACAGAAGAGAGGACAAACGAGAGGAGAGCAAAGGAGAGGAAAACAGGAGAGGAGAGCAAAGAAGAGGACACAGAAGAGAAGAGCAAAGGAGAGGAUACAGGAGAGGAGAGCAAAGAAGAGAAAACAGAAGUGGAGAGCAAAAGAGAAGACACAGGAGAGGAGAGCAAAGAAGAGGAAACAGAAGCGGAGAGCAAAGGAGAGGACACAGGAGAGGAGAGCAAAGGAGAUGACACAGGAGAGGAGAGCAAAGAAGAGGACACAGGAGAGGAGAGCAAAGAAGAGGACACAGGAGAGGAGGGCAAAGAAGAGGACACAGGAGAGGAGAGCAAAGGAGAGGACACUGGAGAGGAGAGCAAAGAAGAGGACACAUGAGAGGAAAGCAAAGGAGAGGACACUGGAGAGGAGAGCUAAGAAGAGGAUACAGGAGAGGAGAGCAAAGAAGAGGAGAGCAAAAAAGAGGAAACAGGAGAAGAGAGCAGAAGGGAGAAAAACAGGAGAGGAAAGCAAAGAAGAGGACACAGGAGAGGAGAGCAAAGAAGAGGAAACAGAAGCAGAGAGCAAAGGAGAGGAAACAGAAGCGGAGAGCAAAGGAGAGGACACAGGAGAGGAGAGCAAAGAAGAGGACACAGGAGAGGAGGGCAAAGAAGAGGACACAGGAGAGGAGAGCAAAGGGAGAGCAAAGGAGAGGACACUGGAGAGGAGAGCUAAGAAGGGGAUACAGGAGAGGAGAGCAAAGGUGAAGAAAACAGGAGAGGGGAGCAAAGAAGAGGAAGCAGGAGAAAAGAGCAAAGGAGACGACACAGGAGAGGAGAGCAAAGGGAGGACACAGGAGAGGAAAGCAAAAAAGAGACAACAGGAGAGAAGAGCAAAGAAGAGGACACAGGAGAGGAGAGCAAAGAAGAGGAUACAGGAGAGGAUAGCAAAGAAGGGGAUACAGGAGAGGAGAGCAAAGGGGAGGAAACAGAAGAGGUGA